CUGGUGGUGGUGGUACGUUACACAGAAGACAGAAGUAAAAAGUUUUGCUGUGGCUUGUUCCAGUGCAGUGCGUAUGUAAAAAAACCUUUGUUUCUCUAGUUGUUUUCAAGAUUAUCAGGAAUUUGUGAUUACAUUAAAGGUUGUUAUCGAAUCGCGUUUUCGCCUUUCACCCGUUACUUGGAACACUCGGUAUCGAUCAGUAACCAAUAUGGCAGAAAAAUCGGAAUCACUCGUGACAAAAGAAGAAAAAUUGGCAGAGGCCAAGGAACUGUUUGGUCGUGGUAGCCGAAACUAUUGCAUGAAACAAUAUUCGGAAGCGGCCGAUGAUCUCAGUUCAUGCUGCGGUAUUUAUUCUGAAUUGUAUGGUCCAACUGCUGAAGAAUGUGGUGAUCCUUAUUUGGUAUAUGCCAAGUCACUGAUUGCAUUGUCCAAAGAGGAAAAUAAUCUUCUAGUUCCGGGUGAAGGAGCAGAUGGAGAGGAUGCUGGCGAAGAUGAUGAAGAGGGUAAUGAAGAUGGUGAAGAUGAGGAUGGAGAAGAAGAAGAAAAUGCAGGCGCAGAUGAUGGUAAAACUAAGGAAGAAGAAAAUUCAGAAAAAAGUUCUGAUAAAGCUGCAGAGAAUGAAAAGGACAAAUUGGAACAACAACCGGAACCAUCAACGUCGGUUCAAGCUGAGCCCCAACCGGGACCAUCUACGUCGAAUGGAACUGAACAAUCUGAAGAGACCGAAGAAGGAGAUGACGAAAAAGGAGGAAGCAACUUGGAAGUAGCUUGGGAAAUUUUGGAGUUGGCAGUCAAAAUAUUCACCGAGCAGGGAGAUAAAUCUGCUAGUAAUUUGUCUGAAUGCUAUUUGGAACUUGCCAAUAUAUCUUUCGAAAAUAGCAAUUAUUCUCUAGCUAUAACUGACUACAAAAAAUCACUCGCAGUGUAUGCAAAGCUUGCUGACCGAGACAGUCGUCUGAUUGCCGAAAUUGAUUACAAAAUUGGCCUUUGUCACAUGAUGGUGAAUGAGUUCCCGGACUCAAUAAGAUUUUUCAAGGAGGCUUGCUCAGAGUUGGGUAAGGUUAUCGAACAAGAAAAAGCCAAGGAACAAACCGACGAAACAAGGGAUACCAUCAAAGACCUUGAGGAAACUACCCAAGAAAUCCUUGAUAGAAUUCGGGAAGUGGAGGAAACUACAAAAACAUCAAUCGAAGAAUUAAAACGUGAGCUUUCGCAAAUCAUCGUAAAAAGCGGUACUGCAAAUGGAACAGACGAAGGGCCUAGUGAAAUUGCAUCAUCAUCCUCUGUCAGCAAUGGAACCACCAAUUCAAAAACAGCUGAAAAGCCUAAGGACAUAUCCCAUCUAAUCAAGCGAAAGAAGCCUGACACGGUCGAGUCGGAAAUCGGAGGAUCACCAGCAAAGAAAACUGCCCUUGACAAGGAGCCGACAAGUGAUGGCAAUUAAAGUUACGCUUGAUUUUCUCUAUUUAUUUUCUCGUCCCUUAUCUGUUUUGUAAACUUCAUAAAGUUUGCUUCGACUUAUUUUUAUCUUUGAAAUCGUUUCCUUUAUCUCGUAAUUCAUAGUUUUCUGUUUCUGAAUAUUAUACAGCUGAUCGAAUUUUCUUAGUUUUCCACGA